GCGUCAUCACCAUCGUCUUCUUUCGCGCACGCGGCGGCGCGAAUACCGAACGCACGCACGCACGCACGGGACGGUACCUACCGGCGAUGCCACCGCGCGCCAUCCGACCCCUCCCCGUUUCCGCUCCGCCAGGUCGGUCAACCGCGCACCGCGGCCGCUGCUGUCGACGGUUCGCGCGCGCGGUCCUCGUCGUUUAGUCGUUUGUCCGGUGCACACACCGACCGUCGUUGCUCCGGCGCUGCUGUCGAAACACACCGGGGACACCGAUCCUCGUGCGAAAUGACCGGCCGGCCGUCGACAUCACGCGCAUAACACGUUUAACAUCGAUCGAGUCUCGUCGAAUUUCGCGCGCACCUACGACGUCCAGACGUCGUCCGGAUACUCGGUAAGUCGCCAGUUGUUUAUUUCGUUCACACGUUUUCCGAACCCCACGUCGAUCAUGUCCAACGGCGACGUCGAGAGAAAAGCCGCCAACAAGGUGACCGUGGUGCUGGGCGCCCAAUGGGGCGACGAGGGCAAGGGCAAAGUGGUCGACAUGUUGGCCACCGACGUAGACCUCGUGUGCCGGUGUCAGGGAGGUAACAAUGCAGGUCAUACUGUUGUAGUGGACAAUAAGGAAUUUGAUUUUCAUUUGUUGCCUAGUGGAAUCAUCAAUCCAAAUUGUAAAUCUGUUAUUGGCAAUGGAGUUGUUAUUCAUCUCCCUGGAUUAUUUGAUGAAUGCAGUAAAAAUGAGAAGAAAGGUCUAUUGGAUUGGAAGAAACGAUUGUUGAUUUCUGAUCGUGCUCAUCUUGUGUUUGAUUUUCAUCAGCAAGUGGAUGGUCUCCAAGAAAUGGAAAAAGGAAAAAAGUCUUUGGGAACUACAAAAAAAGGUAUUGGACCUACUUAUGCUUCUAAGGCAACUAGAAAUGGUUUAAGAUUAGCUGAUUUGCUUGGGGAUUUCAACUCAUUCAAAGAAAAAUUUUACAACUUGGUUGAUGUACAUAAACGAAUGUUCCCAUCUUUAGAAGUUAAUACUGAAGAAGAACUAAAAAAAUAUGAAUAUUAUGCUAAUGAAUUAAGGCCAUUAGUUGUAGAGACAGUUGGAUAUUUGCAUUCCGCAUUAAAAGAAGGAAAACGUAUUUUGGUGGAAGGUGCUAAUGCUGCUAUGUUAGAUAUUGAUUUUGGUACUUAUCCAUAUGUAACAUCAUCAAAUUGUAGUAUUGGUGGUGUUUGCACUGGUCUUGGCUUACCUCCCUCUGCGAUUGGUGAUGUUAUUGGAGUUGUUAAAGCAUAUACUACAAGAGUUGGCGAUGGUCCAUUUCCCACUGAAAUGAUAAAUGAAGUUGGUGAGAAACUCCAGGAUAUUGGAAACGAAAUUGGUGUUACAACUAAGCGUAAACGUCGUUGUGGUUGGUUGGACAUCCCACUGCUUAAAUAUACAUCUAUGGUUAAUGGAUAUACUAAAAUUUGUUUGACCAAACUUGACAUAUUAGAUACUUUUGAUGAAGUUAAAAUUGGAAUUGAAUAUCAGUUAAAUGGAAAAACACUCAAUUAUUAUCCGUCCAGUUUGUCUGAACUAUCGUUGGCUGAGGUUAAAUAUUUAACUUUGCCUGGUUGGAAAACAAACAUUAGUGGUAUAAGGCAUUUUGAUGAUUUGCCAGAGAAUGCUAGAAAAUUUGUUUUUGCCAUUACUGAACUUCUUGAAGUACCUGUUAAAUGGGUUGGAGUUGGUCAAGGAAGAGAAUCUAUAAUAAAUGUUGAUUAUUGAUUUGAUUUGAUUUUUAAUUAUUUAAUGAAAAAAUGCUAAUUUAAUUUUUCCAAAUG